UUAUCGAGUUCUCGGUGCUCUUUCUGGUCCUCCCCGAGUCCAGCCUCGACCUCUGGCUGCGGGUAGUUAUUGACUGGAUGCUUGCGGCGGUUCGAGUGGCCUCGGCGGUGGCACUCGGCGCACACGUUGACCUUGCAGGCCAGGCAGCGACAGCAGGCCCGACGCCGGCCACCGCUCGGUUUGUUGCCGUUGCACUGGUCACAGAACGGGAGGUGUCCGGGUUUCAGGCGGCUCCUUUCAUGAUCCCUGAGUCGGGGCUGGUUGUGCAGCUGUCGCUCACACACCGCACACUGUAGGCUGCCGCAUUCAUCACACUCGAAGGCCGCCUCCGAGGCGCUACACGCGUAACUCUCCUGACAACGGAGCAACUGAUCAGGCCCGGCACUCAAACCCGAAGCCCCGGCACCGCUCAUCGUCCUCCCUCUUUUUAACCAGGCACCGACACCCAAGCCGAGACAACGAAACAGGCCCCUGUCAAUCGUCAGUCGGCCCGGGCCCGGCUCCUUUCGGUCAUCCCAAGGACAGGCUGCAGUCUGGCAGGACCCUGAAGGCUCCAUAUCUGCAGAUAGAGAACCCAAGGCACCAGAGGAUGCACUUUCAUCUUCCUCAGCAGCAAGCUUGGAGGGCCGAAGGGCUUCUUCAAUGGCUCCAACCACAUACUUUGUGGAAAGGUCUUGUGCUGAUUCAGAGCACAAUCUGCCCCAUGCUCCUGAUAUUCGGACACCUGCUGAAGACGGUGCAGGCAGGUUGGAGGACGUACUUGGGGAUCUGCUCCUGAACAGUGGUGGAGAAAAGAAAAACGUAAAAGAAAGACAAAUGUUUGUGAUCAUAAUGAGAAGGUUCUCAGAAUGCAGCUGGGAUUGUUUCAUUUGUCCGUAAAUUCCAUUACCUGGAAGGAAAAAUACAGGACAACAACUGGUUCUGAAUUAUAAAGUGGGACAAAUAAAUGCUUGAAGGAACAUGAUAACACCCUUUCCUUUGGAACGUUUGCUGCAAAUAUUCUGGCCUUGGAGGACACGUGAAGAAUAACGGGUGGGUGAGAGCCUAAAAAGUCAGAUUCUGGUUCAAGAUAAAUUCUAGUGAUGAGAUUGUCUGAUCUAGAAAGAUUCUCCAGCAUCUGUAGUUGCCACUGUCUCUGAAACAGUUCCAUCAGUGUUGCUGAGUCAAAAUCCUGGGGCUUUCUUCUUAAUAGCACUAUCGGUAUUCUGGCUCCCAAGUACUGCAGAAGUUUAUGAAGGCAGCUCAUCACCACCUUUUCAACAUCAACUAUAGGUUGGUGCUGAAAAAAAUGUCGUUUCCACCACACAUGAAUCGCCCUCCUUUGGGAAUACCUCCAUUACCACCGGGUAUUCCUCCUCCACAAUUUGCAGGAUUUCCUCCUUCUGUGCCACCUGGGGCACCUGUCAUUCCUGUACCGAUGGGAAUAAUGACACCUGCCACAACUGUCUCCAUGCUGUACACCAUGAACCGUUGCCCAACAGAGGGCAAACAGUGUUUUACACAGGUUCUGGUACCAACAUCUGUACCAAUGGUUGGAAAGCAUAUUGGACCAAGGAAAGACCAUUCUAGUCAGAGGAGCCGUGAUAGUGAUGAAAACAGUGGCCCGACUACAACAGUUUUCGUUGGCAAUAUAUCUGAGAAAGCUUCAGAUAUGCUAAUCAGGCAGUUGCUUGCAAAAUGUGGCUUGGUUUUAAGCUGGAAGAGAGUACAAGGGGCUUCAGGAAAGUUGCAAGCAUUUGGUUUUUGCGAGUACAAAGAACCCGAAUCCACGCUACGUGCUUUAAGGUUAUUGCAUGAGCUUCAAGUGGGAGACAAGAAACUACUUGUAAAAGUGGAUGCGAAGACUAAAGCCCAACUGGAUGAGUGGAAAGCCAAAAAAAAAGGAGUCAACGGGGAUACAAAAACAGAAGAUUCAUCAGAUGAUGUAGUAGAUGAGGAAACCAAGCGAAGAGAUCAGAUUGUGAAAGGGGCAAUUGAAGGACUAAUAAGAGAGUACUCCAGUGAAUUAAAUGCGCCUUCUCAAGAUCAAGAUGCACACCCUAAAAAGAAGAAAAAGGAAAAGAAAGAGGAGGAUGAUAUAAGUGCAAUGGAGAUGGAAGAGGACAAGCGAGACCUAAUUUCUCGAGAAAUUAGUAAAUUCAGAGAUACUCACAAGAAACUAGAAGAAGAAAAGGGAAGAAGGGAAAAAGAAAGACAAGAAGUUGAAAAAGAAAGAAGAGACAGAGAAAAAGAACGCGAACGAGAAAGAGAAAGGCGUGAGAGAGAGAAAGAACGUGAGAAAGAAAAGGAGCGGGAGCGGGAACGUGAGCGUGAAAGAGAGAGAGAGCGUGAACGGGAGCGGGAGCGAGAUAGAGAUAGAGACCGUGACCGUGAUCGUGAUCGUGAAAGAACAAAGGACAAGGAAAGGGAGCGAGAUCGAGAAAGAGAGCGAGAACGAGACAAAGAAAGAGAAAGAAGCCGGGAUCGGGAAAGAAGCAAGGAUCGUAGUAGAUCCAGAGAGAAAAGCCGAGAAAAGGAGAAGAAAAGGGACAGAGAAGAAGAUGAAGAAGAAAUGUAUGAACGUCGGAAACUAGAAAGGAAGCUCCGUGAGAAGGAGAAUGCUUACCAAGAGCGUCUUAAAAACUGGGAAAUAAGAGAGCGGAAGAAAGCAAGAGACUAUGAAAAAGAAGCUGAAAGGGAGGAAGAAAGAAGACGUGAAAUGGCAAAAGAGGCAAAAAGACUGAAAGAGUUUUUGGAAGAUUAUGAUGAUGAUCGAGAUGAUCCGAAGUAUUACAGGGGGAGCGCUCUGCAGAAGCGUCUGAGAGAUCGAGAAAAAGAAAUAGAAGCCGACGAAAGGGACCGCAAACGAGAGAAGGAGGAACAUGAAGAGAUUCGGCAGCGUUUGCUGGCAGAAGGGCAUCCUGAUCCAGAUGCAGAACUUCAGAGGAUGGAACAGGAAGCAGAGCGGCGGCGGCAGCAACCAAUCAAGCAGGAGCCAGAAUCAGAAGAGGAGGAGGAGGAGGAAGAGAAGCCAGAGAAAGAGGAGCGACGAGAGGAAGAGGAAGAAGAGCCAGAGCAGAAACCCUGCCUUAAGCCCACAUUGCGUCCUAUUUGUUCUGUCCCUUCUGUUUCGUCAGCAAGUGGUAAUGCCACACCCAAUACACCAGCAGAUGAGUCUCCCUGUGGCAUUAUCAUUCCACAUGAGAAUUCUCCAGACCAGCAGCAAGAGGAGCAGCGGCCUAAAAUAGGCCUGAGCCUCAAAUUAGGUGGCUCCAGUAGUCCGAGUCAGACAAUUUCAGUCAAAAGAAAGAAACUUCCAGUAGAUAGUGUUUUCAAUAAGUUUGAUGACGAAGACAAUGAUGAAGUGCCUCGUAAGCGGAAACUUGUCCCAUUGGAUUAUUCAGAGGAUGAAAAAGGUGCUUCUAAAGGAAAUGUAAAUACAGAAGAGAAACGAAAACACAUAAAAAAUCUGAUUGAGAAAAUCCCAACCGCUAAACCAGAACUCUUUGCGUAUCCUCUUGACUGGUCAAUUGUGGACACGAACUUAAUGGACCGACGCAUUAGACCAUGGAUCAAUAAAAAAAUAAUAGAAUACAUUGGUGAAGAAGAAGCAACACUAGUUGACUUUGUUUGUUCAAAGGUCAUGGCACACAGUUCACCACAGAGCAUUUUAGAUGAUGUAGCCAUGGUACUGGAUGAAGAAGCAGAAGUCUUCAUAGUGAAGAUGUGGAGGUUAUUAAUAUAUGAAACAGAGGCUAAAAAGAUAGGACUUGUUAAAUAGAUUCUAAUUCUUCCGCAUAGGAAUAUGUCUCUUGGAAACAUUUCUUCCAUUCUUUAAAAAUUGUAACUUUCAACUGUUUUCAGAGGCACUUGUGAAGCUUGUAUUUUUUAUUUUAGAGAUAAUGUGAAGCCCUGACCCUUUCCUUUGGUUUGUCAUAUCCCUAAAUCAUCCUUCUUUGUUUCAUUUGAGAUAAAUAACUGGCUAUUUUUUAUAAAUUGAAUGCUUCUGUGUAUUUUCAUCACCAACACACUGAUUUCUGUUUUGACGGUGUUACAUUUAUGGAAGGUUGUGCUGUAUUGAUGCAAAAAAUUUGCACUUAAUAUCCAGGUUGUUCCUGUGAUAUUGGAGGAGCAGGUUUGGAAUUAAGAUGUUUAUACAUUUAUUGUUUGGAAACUAGUAAUUCAUGAGAGAAAAACACUUUGAAAGAUGCAGAAAUAGUUUUCUCCUGAAACUAUUGAAAAUAUUUUAAAUGUUGCAUUUUCCAGCAGGUGACAGAAUAGGGUUUAAAUGGCUUUGAAAUAAAUAAACAGGUUUGCCAAUGACUUAGUUGACUUUUUAAAGAGACCUGUAUCCCCUUUUGUUGCCAACAUAGGUUUAAUUUAAAUGUGUUUUGAAAUCAAACCUUCAUAAAGUUUUACAUUUACCAUUUUUUACAUAGCCAAAAUUGUCUGUGAUGAGAAUACAAGGACAGGCUAUUGUUUUGUCAGCCUCGUACAGUUACUUUGGGGUGAAGUUUUAAUAAACUAAAUGACCUCUGUUUGUAAAGGGUGUAAUGUGUUUUGAGCUAUAAUAUCAUGGCUUCAUGGUUAGCUUAGAAAUACAACCUAUGUAGGUCCAUUAAAAGGAAUGCUAUCUCUUUAAUGGGUCUUUGAUCUUGGGUAGCUGUACCCCAAGACACGAUUUAUUUAGCUCUGGAAUGGUUGGAAGGCUUUUAUUUUAGAAGGUCUUUCAAAACAAUGUUGAGCAGUCUUGGAUGAUGUGAGGGACUCCUAUCUGCCACUGCAAUUGUUUUUCAUAAAAUCAGAAGUUUUCUGUGGAGUCAUGACAUGCUGUGACAUAAUUUGGUUUUUGUUGCAAUUUGUUUUUUUAAAAAGGAGUGUGGAACUCUUGGCUUGACAGUGUUGCAGAUACCACGUCACAAAAAAGAACAGCUCAUUGCAAGAAAUAGAACUAUUGUUUAUGUAUGUAGAUGAUUAAUAACCUUUCCAAUAAAGAAAGUGAAGUUAAUUUUGCUAAUACCAGUUGAACAUUACAAGCAGGAAUUAGUACUGCAAAGAAUGUUAACAAUAGAAUUUUGCUUUUAAAAUCAGUCUGUUUCCGUAUUUCCUCUAGACUUAGUUUUUUUUGUUGUUUCAAGGAAUGUAAACAUUUGGUCAGCAUUUUCUGCCCAUCCCUAAUUGCCUCGAACGAUAAGCUGCAUUGUUGAACGACAGUGUUAAGAGCAGAGUUCUUGCAAGUUGGAAAUUGUCAGGUGCAGGUUAAGGAAAUGGAAGGGAAGGACAGCUUUGGUUGACUUUUGAGGGCUUUAUAAUUACUUGCUUUCCCAACAAUUGAAAUCUGUUAAUUAUGGAUUGAUUGAAGUCAGUUUCUGUGUGUUCAACUGGCUUGCAAUCUGCAUUUUCACUCUUUACAAAAGGUUACAUAAAAAUUAAUUUUAUUUUUCUUGAAGUAGCAUUUUUGAAAUUGUUAUAAUCACAUUGGUAGAAGUUUCUUUUGUGGCUUUUAUGGCAUUGUACCUACUAUUGCUGACCAGCGACUCAUGCAUAAAUUUCCUGGGUUAAUUCAUGCAAAUUCUGUAAUGUGGAUGUAUGGAAACAAAGCAUUUGGACAGGCAGUUUAUUUUGGGGUGUGUUGGAAAUAAUGAACACAGACUGAAAGCAGAUCAAAGUGCAGUGGAGAUACUGUUGCACUGUACUGUUACUGUUGGUGAUGAUUCCCACUGUUUACUAUCUGUUGCCAAAAUUAUGGUUUCAAGCCAAAAAAAAACACACAUGCAACUUGACUUACCCAAAUCUCCAAGCCCAAAGGGGCAUGAGAAAUGGCCCUUUGGGAGACUCCUAAUUGGUGCCAGCAAAUCACCCCAGGUUAUUACAUAUGCCAUGACUCCCAUUUUAGCAAUGAAAGCUGAAUAAAUAAUCUGUUGUGUCAAUCCUAUCCAAUUGUCUUUUUAGGAUCAGGUUAAAAAGCUGAAUUAUGAUUUUAUUUUUCUCCAUAACAAGCUCCUACAUUAGGAGGAAUUGUCCUGAAUUAAGAACCCUUGAAUACAUUUUAUUCGAAGGACUAGUGUCUAUUUGGAGCAACAAGACUAUUCUGUUAAUUAACAUUUUUGGUUUCUAACUUAUUUCUGAAUAGGUUUCACAAUUUUCAUGAGCCAUAAAAGCACAAGCAAUAGAGCUUCAUAUAUUUGAACACAACCAAGUUUGGUUUACUAAUACUCUGAGACAGUUCAAUUUUGUACAUUUUUUAAUAACUAUUUCACUGGCUGCAUGGGUGGUUUGUCUGAUCAACAGUUGCUUCCACUUUGUCACAAUUGAAGCCAACCUUUUGAAGGUAACGCUUCAGUUAUUUAAGUCAUAGUUACACUCACAGUUGUAACAACAGUGCAGAAGUAUGUUGAUCAUCUUACUUACAAUACUGUGUUUUGUUACAUACAAAAUAUAAGUUUUUAAAGUUUGUUCAAGGAAUGUGGGCAUCCCUAAUUGCCCACAGGAGAGUUAAGAGUCAUCCACAUUCCUGUGGGUCUAGAAUCACCUGUAGGCCAGAACAGGUGAUGAUUUAUGAUAACCAAUAUCCUAGUCACCAAUAGGCAGGGUUUUUAAGUUUUCUGAAUUCAAACUUCACCAUCAAAUAGUGAGAUUUUGAGCUCAUGCCCUAGAACAUCAGGGUGGCACAGUGGCUCAGUGGUUAGCAGUGUUGCCUCCCAGAGCUUGGGACCCAGGUUCGAUUGCACCCUCCAGCGACUGUCUGUGUGGAGUUUGCAUAUUCUCCCCAUGUCAGUGUGGGUUUCAUCCAGUGGUCCAGAUUUCCCCCACAGUCCAAAGAUUUGCAGGCUAGGUGGAUUGGCCUUGCUAAAUUUCCUGUGGUAUUCGGGGUGUGUACAUUAAGUGGGCUGUAGGAGAUGGGUCUGGGUGGGAUGUUGAGAUGGUCAGUAUGGAUUUGUUGGGCUGAAGGGCCUGCUUCCACACUGCGGGCAUUCUGUGACUUUUCUAUGAUUAGCUUGAGGUCUGGAUCACUUGUCCAAUGGUGUUACUACUUCACUACUGCCUCAUCAUUAAACCUGUGUUUUGCAACGGUUCUUUAUACACCUGCUAGUUUAACAUCUGCAUGCCCUCUAUUCAUAUGCCUAUACUGUGCACAUCUGUCCUUUUUAAAUAGAAGCACACCUAUCCUUCAAUUACCCUGGGUACACAUCUAGCAUUUAUAAAGCAGUCCUAUAAAGACCUAACUGUUACACAUGUACCCUCUUUGUCCGUUAUAAAGCAGCUUGCGACAUACUACCAUUUAUAUAACCACUUGAUGCAUUUAUUUGUUUUUUUUGUUCUGGAAAGUGGGCUGUCAUGGAUCUUCAAUACUGAUGCUCAUGAACAUUUCAUUUAGUUCAGUGUGUCAUCAUGAAUUCUUGCUGCUGAUGCCCUCUCCUGCAUUUUUAGAUUGAUCUUCCCUUCUAGUAACUGUCUUCCACUACCUUCUGCUCUGAUGUUGUGACCAAAAUACUGUAUUACUGAAAAAAGAUGUUUUGUUAAACUUUUUGAUCUUUUGUUAAACUGUCAUCAGGACUGUUUGCAAGAAAAACCAAAGAGAAGGCAUUUAUACAAUACAGAGAAUUAAUAGGCUAAAUUUAAACCAAGCUUGGCUGUUAACUGUCAGUCAUCACCAAUUAGCACAUUGUCCAUGGUAUUACCUCUACUAAUCAGCACACUUGUCAACCCAAUCAGUGUUCAUCUCUGACCGAGUACGUGUUUUUUCCUUUACUUUUGUAUUUCUUACCAAUUAUUAUCCAAUGAAUGCAAGAUCAAAGGCCUUGUCAAAGUGUCUUUUUAUCAGGAAUAUUAAAAUAACUGUAACCCAAAAGCUGCAGGAACAGCAUCUCAAAUAUUUUACUUUGAUACCCUUGGGCUGCAGGGUUCCCAUGUGGACUUCACCACAAGCUUCGAAAUUUCCCCUUCCCCGACCGCAUCCCAACACAGCCCAGCUCGUCCCCGCCUCCCUAACCAUUCCUCCUACCUACCAGCCUCAUCCCGCCUCCUUGACCUGUCCAUCCUCCCUGGACCGACCUAUCCCCUCCCUGCUUACAUUCACCUUCACUGGCUCCAUCCCCACCUCUUUGACCUGUCUGUUUCUUCUCCACCUAUCCUCUCCUCUCCUCUAUCCACCUCCCCCUUUCCCUAUUUAUUUCAGAAUCCCUUUCCCCUCCCCCAUUCCUGAAGAAGGGUCUUGACCCGAAACAUCAGCUUUCCUGUUCCUCUGCUGCUUGGCCUUCUGUGUUCAUCCAGCUGUACAUAUUGUUAUAGCCUUUUUCUUAAUGUUCUGCACAGUUUGUCUUCUGCAUGUCUUUGAAAUCCUGGAUGAGGCAAGUUGACCAGGGCUUCAAUUUAUUAUAAUCACCUCUUGUUGCUGCUCUGUGUGCGCCCGCUUUUCGUGUUUAGUCGUUGAUAAAUUUGCUUUGUUAACUCAGGAAAGUCUGAGAUUGGCUCCUUUUCAAAAUAUGUUUAUUUGGGUCUGAGGGAAAGCAGAAGUGCCUGUAAAUUAACCUUGUUGAAAUCAACCAAGUAGCUGGGUAAAUAAAGGGAAUGCAGUUCACCUUUCCUUGCUCAGGAUCUCUGAGUUAUUCCCCAGAACAUUAACAAAAUUGGAACCCUUAAGGAGGGCCUGGGCAUAACACUGGAUAUCAGCAAUUUAAACAAUUUCUCCAGCUCUGAAUUGUUAGAGAGUUCGUUUUAUGUCCAGUAUGACUCCUCCUCAGAACGGCUCAUUUUAUUUCAGUUCUUUGCAAUCCUAGGAGAAGAAAGUUGACCAGAGCUUCUAUUACUGCUCAACUGGCCACAGGCUCCUGCUAAUUGUGUGAUCGUGUAAUCUUGGAUGAUAACAGGAUCUAGGUGUGUGAGACCUCCCAUGAACUAAAGUGACAAGGCUCACUGUUAAACCUUGCCAAAAUAAUUACAGACACUUGAAUGAGAUCUCAGAUGAGUAGCACCUAUUGGAACAGUACCAUUGGAGUUGGGAUGCCUCGUUGCAUCGGUACAGAACAAUGGUGAGACCACUUUGAGUAGUACAUUGAGUCUGGUUGUCCUUCUACAGGAAGGAUAUUAUUAAAUUGGAAACAAUGCAGAAAAGAUUUAAAGAUGUUCCCAGGACUGAAGGGGCUGAGUUACAAGGAGAAGCUGGAUAGUCUGAGGCAUUCUUCCCCAGAGGUAGAGGGUUUAGAACAUUACAGCACAGUACUGGCCCUUCGAUGUUGUGCCAACCUGUCAUACCGAUCUGAAGCCCCUCUAACCUACACUAUUCCAUAUGCUUGUCCAAGGACAACUUAAAUGUACUUGGAGUUGGCGAAUCUACUACUGUUGCAGACAAAGCGUUCCAUUCCCUUACUACUGAGUAAAGAAACUACCUCUGACAUCUGUCCUAUAUCUUUCACCCCUCAAUUUAAAGCUGUGCCCCCUCGUGCUCGCCGUUACCAUCGUAGGAAAAAGGCUCUCCCUAUCUAACCCUCUGAUUAUUUCAUAUGUCUCAAUUAAGUCACCUCUCAACCUUCUCUCUAACAAGAACAGCCUCAAGUCCCUCAGCUUUUCUUCGUAAGAUCUUCCCUCCAUACCAGGCAAUAUCCUGGUAAAUCAUAAAAUCGUAAGUGGUAUGGAUAAGGUGAAUAGUAAAGUUCUUUCCCCUAAGGUAGGGAAGUCCAAACCUUGACGGCAUAGGUUUAAGGUGAGAAGUGAAAAAUUUUAAAAGGGACCUUAGGGGUAACUUUUUCACAUACAGUGGUAUGUAUAUGGAAGGAACUGCCAGAGAAAGUGGUAGAUGCUGGUACAGUUACAGAUCCAGUUAAACAUUUAAAAGAUAUUUGCAUGGGUACAUGGAUAGAACAAAGAAAAUUACAGCACUGGAACAGGCCCUUCAGCCUUCAUAGCCUGUGCUGAUGCAGAUCUAUCUAAAUCCGUUGUCGAUUUUCCAAGGAUCUGUAUCCCUCUGCUCCCUGCCCAUUCAUGCAUCUGUCUAGAUACAUCUUAAAUGAUGCUAUCGUGCCCGUCUCUACCACCUCCACUGGCAAUGUGUUCCAGGCACCCACCACCCUCUAAAGAACUUUCCAUGCAUAUCUCCCUUAAACUUUACCCCCCUCACCUUGUAUUCAUGACCCCUUGUAAUUGAGUCCCCCACUCUGGGGUAAAAGCUUCUUUGCUAUCCACCCUGUCUAUACCUCCAUGAUUUUGUAGACAGCAAUCAACCUCUGUCUUUCUAAUGUAAAUAAUCCUAAUCUACUCAACCUUUCUUCAUAGUGAGUGCCCUCCAUGCUAGCCAACACCCUGGUGAACUUCCUUUGCACCUUGUUCAAAGCAUCCACAUCCGUUCGGCAAUGUGGCGACCAGGACUGUACACAGUAUUCCAAAUGUGGUCAAACCAAAGUCCUAAUGCAACUAUACAUGACCUACCAUCUCUUCUUGUACUCAUUACCUGUUGGAUGAAUGAAAACCAUGUUGUAUGCUGCCUUGACCUCUCUGACCUGCACUGCCACCUUCAGGAUACAAUGGACUUGAACACCCAGAUCUUUGUGCAUCAAUUUUCUCUGGAUAGGAAAGGUUGAGAAGGAUAUGGCCCAAACACAGGCAACGGGGCCUACUUUAAUUUAGGAAGCCUGAUAGACGUGCUGAAUUGGACUGAAGAGUCUAUUUCCAUUCUCUGUGGCUGUCUGCAUCUUGAAUACAUUCAGCUCAUCAGUAGUCUGUGUGUUGUUCAUGUCUUUAAGAUGGAGAUGGCAUGAAUGUUCCUCUUAGGGUGGCUGGUCUAGAGAGCAGUCUUCUCCAGAGAGCAAUGGAGACUGGGUCAUGAAGUUUUGUUCAGGCUGAGUUAAAUGGAUUGUUGAUUUGAAAAGGGAAUGGGAGGAUAUUCAGGAAAGGCAAGAAGCUGAAACUGAGCCCGUAAUCCAAUCAGUCCUACCCUGGUGGAUGAAGGACAAGUGAAUGAUUCCUGAUUUGUAUAUGUGCUACAAAUGACACAAUGUAUCAGAUUUUACCUUGUACAUGGGCUCUGUUUCUUUUUGAUGAUAACAUGUACAUCAACUGUCAAAGCUGCUCUUGGCUACCAUAGAACCAAGAAAAUUACAACACGAACAGGUCCUUUGGCCCUCUAAGCCUGCACUGAUAUGCUGUCCAUUAGAACUAAAACCCCCUACCCUUCCGGGGACCAUAUCUCUAUUCCCAGCCUCUUCAUGUAUUUGGCAGGAUGCCCUCUAAAAGUGAGUGUUUAAAGAGAAUUUUGAUUCUUCUUCAGAUUUUACUGUCAUUUUUCCAUUGUCUGUGACAAAAUGCCCAAAGCAUGGGCGAUCAUUUGGUCGUUGUGACUUGCCUGUUGACUUCAGUUCUCACUUGUGGGCUUUGGUUGCAAUUUGGCACCAUCAUUGUCUUCAUAUUCACUCUUAACCCAUGACCAUUAUUCCUGCAUGUCACUUUGUUUGCAAUUUCCUGACACUACUGUCUUCUCAAGGGCACCUAGGGACCAGCAAUAAAUCCUGGCCAGCCAGCAAUGUCUAUGAUCGAGGACUCCUUUAUGAAUGUAAGAACAAAUUCAUUUGAGGAAAUGCUUAUGCCGUCAAUUCAAAACUGCCCCUUUAGCCCUAAAUAUUGUCAAACAUUCAAUGUAAAAAUGAAGUAAUUGAUCAUCAAAAAAUCCUGAACCGAGUGGCAACAGCAUUUAUUGCAUAAAGUUUAAAAUGUUUCACUGAAGAUCAAAAAUUGUUAUGUUCGUAAGUUUCAUCAGAACAAAAAGUUGAACUCUGAAAAUACCAAACCUUUACGUAAAGUAUUUUUAAGUUAACAGCUGCAUAUGCACUGUGGCACGUCACAAGAGUAAAACUUGAAUAAUCAAAUAAUUCCAGAAAAUCAAGAAGAUUUGUACAAGACUCAGUAAUUCUUCAACCUUGAUGUAAACUGUACUGCAUUGAAAAAUGUUCAAUAGAUAGGAAUAAAUUUUUGCCUGCAAAUCAAACUGCUUACUAAACAUUUCAUACAAAGAGUAUUGAAGAGGAGUCCUCUGUGUUUCUGGCACAUAGUGCAGCUAGCAGUGUGGUUUGGUGCAUGUGGGACUUUGAGUCAAUCACUUGCCUUAGAAUCUAGAAUAAUUACUGCAAGUUCUUCAACAAUAUCAGAUGCUUAGUGAGGUUUAAUUGUAAUGGGUAGGCAGUUAAGUCUCUUUGAGGAAAGUAAAAGCCAUUUCUUCUGAGGGGUGGGGUAGCUGAGGUUUAAUUAGCUAAUUGUGGCAAAAAUUAAUGGGGGUGGGAGCUCAUCAUCUCCAAGAGCUGGGCAAUUAUUAAGGGCUUAACUGAAGUACCUGUGGUACUGGGAGAAAGAAGGGAAUGAAUGAUCACUAGCCAGUGCAGGAGUCCCCUGCACUUUACUGACACAUCAGACACAUUGAGAGCUAAGGAAAUGGUUAGUGCCUCUAAGGGAAUACAGUCAGUGCUAGGAUUCUGGCAUUGCAAGAGGCCUUGUAGGGGAGGAAGAAGAAAGAAAGUGCAAUAUUGGCAUAUAAUCCUAUACAAGAAAGAUGUUGUGAAACUUGACUUAAGGGUUCAGAAAAGAUUUUCUAUUUAAUUAUAGAAUCCCUACAGUGUGAAAACGGGCCCUUUGGCCCAACAAGCCCACAAUGAGCCUCCCCUCCCCAUCAAACCAUCCCUCUAUAACCCACUGAACCCACACAUGCCUGAACAGUGCAGGCAGUUUAGCACAGCCAAUCCACCAAGCCUGCACGCCUUUGGACUGUGGGAGGAAACCUACACAGAUACAAGGAGAAAAUGCAAACUCCACAGUUGCUUGAGGGUAGAAUUGAACCAAGGCUCCUGGCACUGUGAGGCAGCAGUGCUAACCACUGAGCCACAUUCAUUUACAAGGAUGUUGGCAGGGUCAGAGGGUUUGAGCUAUGGGGGGAGGCUGAAUAGGCUCAAGCUAUUUUUCCUAGAGUGUUGGAUGCUGAAGGGUGACCUUUAUAGAGAUUUAUAAAAUCAUGAGGGGCAUGAUAGGGUAAAUAGACAAGGUCUUUUUCUUGGGGUGGGGAGUCAAAAAGGUUGGGAGGAAAUAUUUAAAAGGGAUGUAAGGGGCAACUUCAACAAGCAGAGAGUGGCGCAUGUGUGGAAUAAGCUGCCAGAGGAUGUUGUGAAGGCCAUUUAAAAGGCAUAUGGAUGGGUAUAUGAAUAGGAAAGACUUAGAAGGAAAUGGGACUAAAUUUAACUAGGAUAUAUUUGGUUAGCAUGGAUGAACUGGACCAAAGGGUCUGUUUCUGUGCUGUACAUCUGACUCUGACUAUUUAGAGGAACAGAGGCAUUUCUGUGGUACGGGCUCCACUGCAGUAUCGUAUGUUACUAGGGUUGGGGAUAUCACUGAUAUCACAGGGCAUUCUAAAAAGUGGGGAGGAGGAAGGUGAUGAGAGAGACCAUGUGCUACACAUUGAUACCAACAAUAUAGGUAGAACAAGGGUUGAGGCCUUGCAUAAAAGAAUUUAGAGACCUAGGCAGAAGACUCGAGGACAGGCCCUCGAGUUGUAAUCUCAGGAUUACUCCCAUUUCCACAUUUUAGUAAGCACAGCAUUGGAGAAUAGAGCGGAUGAAUGCCUGAUUUGAGUUGGUGUAGGAGGGUGGGUUGUGGAUUCCUGGAUCAUGGGUUUAUUUCUGGGAAAAGUGGGAUAUGUACAAGUGGUUAGCACUGCUGCCUCAUACUGCUGGGCACCAAUUUUCAAUUCCACCUGUGGGAACCCUAGAGGAGGAGUUUGCACAUUCUACCUGUGUCUACUUGGGUUUCAUCCCACGUGCUCCAGUUUCCUCCCACAGUCCAAAGAUGUGCAGACCAGGUGGAUUGGUCAUGCUAAAUUAUUCAGUGUUCAGGGAUGUGUAGCUUGGGUGGGUUAUAGGCGGAUGGGUCCAGUUGGGAUGCUCCGAGGGUCAGUGUGUGGAUUUGUUGGGCUGAAGGGCCUGUUCCCACACCAUAGGGAUUCUAUUCUAUUCUAAUUGCAAUGAUUUGUACCUAAAUGGUUAAGACUAAAAUUGGGCCCUUUGAGUCAGAAAUGGAUGAAUUUAUUACGGGAAACAAGGGAAUGGCAGAAGAGUUGAAUAGGUACUUUGGAUCUGUCAUCACUAGGGAAGACGCAAGUAAUCUCCCAGAUGCAAUAGUGGCUGAAGGACCUAGGGUAAUUGACGAACUGAAGGGUAUUUAUAUUAGGCAGGAAAUGGUGUUGGACAGACUGUUCGGUCCGAAGGCUGAUAAGUCCCCGGGACCUGAUGGUCUGCUUCCCAGGGUACUUAAGGAGGUGGCUCUAGAAAUUGUGGACGCGUUGGUAAUUAUUUUCCAAGGUUCUAUAGAUUCAUGAUCAGUUCCUGCAGAUUGGAGGGUGGCAAAUGUUGUCCCACUUUUCAAGAAAGGAGGGAGAGAGAAAACAGGAAAUUAUAGACCGGUUAGCCUGCCGUCAGUGGUGGGAAAGAUGCUGAAGUCAGUUAUAAAAGAUGAAAUUACGACUCAUUUGGAUAGCAGUAACAGGUCGGAGUCAGCAUGGAUUUACCAAGGGGAAAUCGUGCUUGACUAAUCUUCUGGAAUUUUUUGAGGAAGUUUCUAUGAAGAUGGAUAAGGGAGAACCAGUGGGUGUAGUGUACUGGACUUUCAGGAAGCCUUUGAUAAAGUCCCACAUAGAAGAUUGGUGGACAAAAUUAGGGCACAGGGUAUGGGAGGCAAAAUACUGAGUUGGAUUGAAAAUUGGCUGCCUGACAGGAAGCAAAGAGUAGUGAUAAACGGGUCCCUUUCGGAAUGGCAGGCAGUGACCAGUGGGGUACCACAAGGUUCAGUGCUAGGACUGUAGCUGUUUACGAUAUAAAUGAUAUAGAUGAAGGCAUCAAAAGUAAUAUUAGCAAAUUUGCUGAUGACACAAAGUUGGGUGGCAGUGUGAAAUGUGAGGAGGGUGUUAUGAGAAUACAGGGUGACUUGGACAGGCUAGCUAAGUGGAUGGAUGCAUGGCAGAUGCAGUUUAAUGUGGAUAAAUGUGCGGUUAUCCACUUGUGGCCAGAACAGGAAGGCAGAUUACUAUCUCAAUGGAGUCGAGUUAGGUAAAGGGGAAGCACAACAAGAUCUAGAUGUUCUCGUACAUCUGUCAGUGAAAGCAAGCAUGCGGGUACAGGCAGUGAAGAAAGCUAAUAGCAUGCUGGCCUUCAUAACAAGAGGAAUUUAGUAUAGGAGCAAAGAGGUCCUUCUGAAGCUGAACAGGGCCCUGGUGAGCCUUGAUGGCCUCCAUUUUUAAUGACAGGAGCAAGAGAAGUAAGAUUGCUAAGUUAAGGACAUAAAUUGACACAUGGAACUGUGAUGUUGCUAUCAUAGACAAGGUUGAGAGAGAGACACAGGAUUGACAACUUACCAUUCUGAGGUGCAGGAUGAGGGAGGCGACAAGAAGGAGUUGCGGUGUUGUAUUGUUCAGCAAUCAGUUACUGCAAUGUAAAUGGACAAUAUCCUGGUAAGAUUGUCAAAUGAGGCUUUUUUUAGGAAUUAAAAAGUCACAUUGAUAGGAGUAUUAUAGGCUCCUGAAGAAUCAGUGGACAAUUGAGGAGCGGGUAUGUAGAUAAUUCACUGUGGUGUUUAGACAUAGGGUGUUUAUUAGAUUAGAUUUCCUACAGUGUGGAAACAGGCCCUUCAGCCCAACAAGUCCACACCGCCCCUUGAAGUACCCAGACCCAUCCUCCUAUAACAUACACACCCCUGAACACUACAGGAAAUUUAGCAUGGCCAAUCCACCCAGCCUGCACAUCUUUGGACUGUGGCAAGAAACUGGAGCACCCAGAGGAAACCCACGCAGACAUGGGGAGAAUGUGCAAACUCCACACAGACAAUUGCCCGAGGCUGGAAUUGAACCCAGGUCCCUGGCGCUGUGAGGCUGCAGUGCUAACCACUGAGCCACCGUUAUUAGGGAAUUUCAGUUAUCCUGAAGUUAAUUGAGACAACCAUAGUUUAAAGGAUUUGGAGGGGAUGGAUUUCUUAAUGUAUACAAGAGCGCAAAUGGAGUUUGCACAUAAAUGAUCCUACAAGGGAUGGUGCAAUGCUGGUUCUAAUUCCAGGGAAUGAAGCUGGAAAGGUGGGCGAGGUGGCAGUGGGGGAGUAUUUUAGUGAUAGCGUCCACAACACUACUUUUUUAAAUUUGUUACGGAAAAGGGAAAGGACAAAAUGGCCACAAUAGACGAGGAACAAUUACUUGAAGGUGUACAGCAGAAGAGUGGGAGGUGGGUACAGGUCCAGUUUGACUUAGCACAAUUCACAGUGCUCGUUUAUUUGACUAAUUUGGCAUAAAUUCCCACUGCAUUGCUCGCUGACUUUGUGCCAGUUCAGAAUCCAGUCAACAGAAUAUAUUUUUAAUUAAGUGGUCCUUGAUACAUUAUGCCAAUGGGCUGAGGAGUGGCAAAUGGAGUUUAAUUUGGAUAUGUGUGAGGUAUUGCAUUUUGGUAAGGCAGACGAGAACAGUUUAUGGUAGGGUCCUGCAUAGUGUUGUUGAACAGCGAGAGACCCAGGUCUCUGGAUACAUAAUUCCAUGAAAUUUGCUCACAGAUGGAUGGUUAAGGUGGCAUUUAGCUUGCUCAGACCAUUGAGUACACAAGUUAGGAACGAUAUUACUAAAUUGGACAGGAUUCAGAAAAGAGUUACAAAAGAUAUUGCUGUGACUGAAGGGUUUGAGUUAUAGGGAGAGGCUGGAUAAUGUGGGAUUUUAUCCACUGAACUGGAUUGGUAAAGUUGCUGAUACUGCUGACAGUUGUGAAAGGAUACAACAGGAAAUAGAUGACAACAUGGGCACAGACAUGGCUGAUAGAGUUUAAUCCAGACACAUGCGAGCUGAUGCAUUUUAAGAGGAUCAAAUUUAAGUGUGAAUUAUACUGUAAACGGCUGAACCCUUAGGAACAUUAACAUACAGGCAGAUCUGGAUAUGUAGGUCCACAGUUCCUGAAAAGUAGCAACGUAGGUGGCCAAAGUGAUUAAGAAGGCAUAUGGCAUUCUUGGUUUCAUCGGUCAGAGCAUGGAGUACAGGAGUUGGCAAACCAUGUUACAUCUAUACAAAAUCUUUGUUAGGCCGUUUUUGGCAUAUUGCAUGCAGUUUUGGUCACCACACGACCAGAAGGACAAGGAAACUUUGGAGAGAGUACAGAGAAGGUUCACGAGGUUGUUGCCCAGUCUCAAGGGCAUUGACUAUGAGGAAAGGUUAAAAAGACUAGGAUUGUUUUCAAUGGAAAGAUGGCAGGUAAGCGGAGACCUGAUUAGAGGUCUAAAAAUUAUGAGGCAUAGAUAGGGUGGACAGACAGGGACUUUUAACAAGGGUUGGAGUUUCAAUUAAAAGGGGACACAGGUCUGAAGUGACAAGGCAAAGGUUUAACGGAGAAAUGCGAGAAAAAUUUUUCACGCAGAGUGGUAGGAUCCUGGAAUGUGCUGCCAGAGGUGGUGGUGGAAGCAGACAUGCUGACAUUUAAGAGGUAGCUGGAUGGUUACAUGAAUGGGGAGGGAAUAGAGGGAUAUAGUCUGGAAAAUGGCAGCUUUGUUUUCUUAGUUUGGGCAGGAUGUGAUGAUUGGCGCAGCCUUGGAGGGCCUGGUCCUUUGCCAUACUUCUCUUUUGUUCUUUUGAGGAUAUAGUUCUUGCACUAAUUGACUCCUUAAUACAAUACAACCUCUUUUGCAGCCUCACAGUACCAGCUGUAGAUUCUGUACCUUUAAGUUGUCUAUCCUGUCCCUCCUUUAACCACGUCUCUGUCAUGGCAGCUGAGUGGGUGAAGGGCUUCAGAUGUUCAUCCAAUCUGCUUAGUCACUUGCAACUUCACACUGACAAGAAAUCUUCUAAACAUUCAGAAGGUGGGAAGGGCUACAAAAUGUUUGGAAAUUGAAGUUCCACUGACAUAUUCCAAUGAGAGACCAUUCAGAUACUCUCACUAUGGAACUAUAAUCGAGCGAUCAUUUCAACUGGGAUGGGUUAUUUACCUGUUGGAAGCAUGGGAAGGGAUUCACUCAGCCAAUCACCAGUCACAUCAGCUGUUCACACUAAUUGAAGGGACCUUUAAAAUGCAGAGACUGUGGAAAGUAUUUUAAAAGACCUAGAGGACUGAUCCGUUAUCACUAUUUGCACUGACCUAAAAAAUUUAUAUACUGUUACUGUGGACCUAGGUUCACACAAAGGAAGAGGCUUAUUCAUGCCCCUGGGAGUGUGGGAAGGGAUUCAGUUGGAUGCUCAACCUGCUGGACCAUGAGUGGGUUCACACAAUGGAGAGGUGUAUGUGUUUUAAAUGUCGAGACUGAGAAGUGCUUUAAAUGUUGAUAGGACAUAUGGUCCCAGGCACAUGUUCACACUGAUGACAGUUGCUUCAGAUGUCUGUGCUGUCACACCUCAACCUUUUAUAGGGGUUUACAAAAUUGUGAAAUGUGGAGAUAAGGUGAAUGACAGGUAUCUUUUUCCCGAGGGUGGGUGACUAUUUAUAAAGUGAGAGGAGAAAGAUUUUAAAAAGACAUGAAGGGCAAUUUUUUUACACUGAUUUGCAUCUAAAAUGAACUUUGUCCCAUCCUCUGAAUGUUUGAAAGACAUUUGGAUAACUACGCAAGGAAAGGUGUCGAGGGACAGGGGACAGUUGUAGGCAUAUGGGGCUAGUUUAGUUUAGGACUAUGACCACAGAGACUGUUUGGACCAACUAGUCUGUUUCCAAGCACUAUGACUCUAUGUUCACCUCAUUCUGAAAUGUAAGAGUAAUAAACCCAGACAAAUGUGGAUUUGGGAAUAUUCCGAACUAGGUAAAAAGGAAGGCAAACAGUGAACAGAAAAAGACAGAUGGAGCAAGAAUGCACUAGGCUGAGAAGAGGGCGAGGUGGAUUGUGAACACAAUGAGCUGGGAACAGGGAGAGACUGUGUGUUUUGACUUCAUAGAACAGGAAAAAGUCACUAGUUAUCCGUUCACUCUGGCUAUCCACUUUAUCUAUGCCUCUGAACCCCUGAUCAUCUUGUAAACCACUCCUCCUUCUUUGCUCUAAUGAGAAAAGUCCAACCUUCCUCAGCCUUUCCUUGUAAAACCUGCCCUCCAGUCCAGGCAGCAUCCUGGUACAUCUCCUCUGCACCUUCUCUAAAACUUUCAUGUCCUUCCUAUAGUGAGGUGACCAGAAUUAACAGUAUAUUUCAAGUGUGGUCUAACCAGGGUUUUAUAGAGCUGCAGCAUAAUCUUACGCCUCUUAAAUUUGAUUUCCCCUGCCCAUGAAAGCCAACGCACAAUACACCUUCUUAACAACCCUAUCAACUUGGGUGGCAACUUUGAGGGAUCUAUGGACAUGAGCCCAGGGUCCCUUUGUUCCUCCACUCUGCCAAGCAUGUUGCUAUUAACCUUGUAUUCUGCAUUCAAAUUCAACUUUCCAAAAUGAAUUACUUCACACUUUUCUGGGUUGAAUUCCUUCUGCCACUUCUUUGCCCAGAAGGUCCCAGAACAAAUCCCUGGGGAACACCACUGGUCACCAAGCUCUAGGCUGAAUACUUUCCAUCUACUACCUCCCUCUGUCUUCUGUUGGACAGCCAAUUCUGUAUCCAAACAGCCAAAUUUCCUUGGAUCCCAUGCUUCCUUACUUUCAGUAUGUUGUCACUCUGUUUCUCCCUGUUCAGUGUGUUCCUUUCUCCCCCCCCCACACACUUUUUACCACCUUGAUGAAUUAUCACUCUGUCUCUCUCUGUUCCCAGUUCGGUGCGUUGUGACUCUCCCUCCAUUUGGUGCAUUGUCGUCCUCGCUCUGUGGCAACAGUGACAACAGUCUGUGCUGGGAACAGGGAGGACAGAGUAACAAUGUUCUGAACAGGGUAUGGGGGAUGCAGAGUGGCGGUGCAGGGAGCUGGGAACAGGGAGAGGUGGGGAGACAGAGACAGUGAGAACACAGCUGCAGUUCAGGACAGAGAGAGUGACAAAGCACUGAAUAGGGAGAGAGGGAAGAGUACACACUGAACUGGGAACACAAAGAGACAGACUGAUGAUGCACUGAAGGAAUACAAUGAUGUAAUAUGCUGAACGGGGAACACAGACAACUUAUUGAGCUGGGAACAAGGAAACACAGCGACAAUACACUGAAGAGGGAGAAGGGGGCGAAAGCAGAACAGCACAGUGAGCUGGGAGAAUGGGGAGACAGUGACAAUGCACUGAAUGGUGGUGUGGGAUGAGGGAACAGAUUAACGAUGUAUUGAGCUGGAAACUGGAGACCGAAUGAGAACACACUGAACAGUACAUUUGGAGAGACAGUGUAAUAUUGUACUGAGGUGUGGGGAGUGGGGAGACAGAGUGACAACGCACUGAACUGGGUAUGGGGACAGACAGUGAACAGGGAGAAUAGAGAGUGAAAGUGACAAUGUAGUGAGCUGGGAACAGGGAUAAACAGAUGGACGAUACACUGAACUGGGAAUAGAGAGAUACAUAGUGAGCGUGCACUCAGAUUUUUUAGUGAGAGAGAGAGACAGACAACACCCUCGAGUAGGAAUAGGGAGAGGCAAAAUGACAAUGCAUUGAGCUGGGAAUAGGGAGAGACAAGAGCUACAACACAAUAAGCUGAAAAUAGUGGCAGAUUGAGUGACAACACACUGGCGAACAGGGAGAGACAGAGUAACAACACACGUGGCUGGGUGAAGGGGGAGACAGUGACAACAAACCAAGCUGGGAACACGGAUAGAGAGUGACAACCUAGUGAGCAAAAAAUACAAGGGACACAGAGUAAUAACAUUUUUGAGUUGGGACUACAAACCGGGAGAGUAGAAAAGUGUUGUGGACAUGGGGACGCAAAUUGAAAGCACCGUGAAUGGGAAGAUGGAGAGAUGGGGCGACGACGCGCUGAGCUGGGAGAAGGGAGACAAAGUGAAAAUGCAUUGAGCUGGGAGUAGGGGGAGAUCUUGUAACAGCGCACACAGCUGCAACCUCUGUGUGUGCGUGAGAGACGGACAAUUCACUACCCUGGGAGUAGAAAGACAGUGACAUCACAGUGAGCUGGGAACAGGGAGAAACAAAGUGCCAAUACACUGAACAGCAGAAGGGGGAUUCAGAAUGACAAUGUACUGAACUGGGAACAAGAGAGACAGAGAGAGAAAAACUGAUCAGGUAAUAGGGGACAGCAGAGUGAUAAUGCACAGAGCUGUGUGAAGUGGAAGACAAACUAACUCAGAGAAAGUGGAGAAUGAAAGACAAUACACUUUGCUGGGAGAAGGGGGUGAUGAAGUGAUAAUGCACUGAGCUGGGAACAGGGAGAGACAGAGUGACCACGCACUUAGCUGGGAACAGCUGUGACAUUGUGAGACGGCACAGAAGAAGGAAUAUGGACAGAGUAACAAUGGACUGAUUUGUGGGAAGUGAGAGACGGAAUGACAACACACUGACUUGGAAGAAGUGGGAGACCAAGUGAGAAUGCACAGAGCCAGGCAAAGGAUUGAGAAUGAAGAACAAUGCACUGAGCUAGGAACAGGGGGUGAUAGAGUGACGACACACAGAACAGUGAGAAGGGGGAGACAGAGUAGCCACACCCUGAAAAUGGUAUACGGAGAGACAAAGUGACAAUGCACUGAGCAGGGAAAGGGGAGACUGAGUAAAAACACACUGAGCUGGGUGAUGGGUUAUAAUAAAAUGUG